GAAUAUUAAUGGGAUUGAAUAAAUUGAACAGGAACUCUAGUGGGUGGUAUUGGAAUAAUAAACAUAAUACCAGACAAGAGAAGCAUGCAAUCACGGUUAAUGGCAUUCGGCGUCCUGUCAGAGAGUCUGAUGAAUAG